AUGCCCCCCACCAAGCCCGCCCCCCCCGCCGACCUCGCCACCCUCGCCCACACCCUCCUCACCACGGGCCCCGUCCGCACCCUCGCCGCCGCAUCCAAGCGCAUCCGCGUCCAGCUCGGCGGCCGCGUCGUCGCCGACUCCACCCGCGCCCUCUACGUCUGGGAGCACCCGUACUACCCGUACUACUACCUCCCCGCCGCCGACUUGGCGGAGGGGUCGUGGAAGGUCGUGAAAGAGGUGGAGGGGGGGAGGGCGAGGAUUUUGAGUUUGGGUGGGGGUGGGGACGGGGGUGAGGGCGGUACGACGGAGAGGGUUGUGGCGUUUGGGGAGGAUGUUGGGGGAGAGGCAGAGGGGGAGAAGAACGGCGGCCCGGUCGGCGGGGCGGGAAUCGCAAAGGAGGGCGGCGACGCCAUCAGGGCGCUGCGGGGGAUGGUGCGGAUCGAGUUCGGCGCGGCGGACGCGUGGUUCGAGGAGGACACGCGCAUCGACGUGCACCCCAAGGACCCGUUCAAGCGCGUCGACGUCGUGCUGUCGAUGCGGCCUGUGCGCGUUUUUGUGAAGGGAACGCUGGUCGCGCAUGCGACGUCGGCGUAUCACCUCUUCGAGACGGGGCUGCCGCCGCGGUACUACUUGCCGCCGACGAGCGUGGAUCCGGGCGUGCUGAGGCCGAGUGCGACCAAGACGAAGUGUCCGUAUAAGGGCGAGGCGGAGUAUUAUGACGUUGUGGUGGGGGAGGAGGUGGUCAAGGAUGUGGUGUGGUUUUAUCGGAAUCCGACGCAGGAGAGCGCGUUGAUUGUCGGGGCGCUGUGCUUUUAUAACGAGAAGGUGGAUAUCGAGUUGGAUGGGGAGAUGCUGGAGAGGCCGAAGACGCUGUUUGGGUGA